UCCAAUGCAAAAGUAAUAUCAAGCUUAGAUUUUAUGAGAGUGCUACACGGAAUUGUUGACAGCCGGCUGUACACCUGGAUUAUGGAGAGGGGAGCGUUAGGAGAUGUUCUGACGAAUAAUCUCUUGCAGAAGAAAGCGAUGGAAUUGCAUACAGAAUUCGGUGGUCCCUCAAAUUUUGUUGCGAGCAACGGUUGGCUCGAGAGUUUUAAGAGAAGACACAAUUUACGUGUUGGUGGUGUCUACCGAGAGUGGGUUGACGUGAAUGCAUUUGCUCCAGAGAAAUUUCCAGAGGAAUUAAAUCGUAUAUUAACAGACGAAGAUAUCUUUGAAGCUGAUGUCUAUGUCAUGGAUGUGAUGAGCUUAAUGUGGAAAGCUCUUCCGCAAAGACUAGUGCUUCAUGAAGGCGAACAAUGCGUGAAUGGCAGAAAAAUAAGUAAAGAUUGUAUCACCGUGGCACUUUGUGCCAAUACUACUGGCGCGCACAAGCUGCCAAUCCUCUUUGUACACAAAUAUGCAAAUCCAAGAGUGUUAAAACAUUGUAUGCAACUUUUGCCAGUGGUAUACAAAAAUGAACCAAAUAGCUGGAUUACUGAACCUAUUUUUAACAAUUGGUACACCAAUUAUUUUAAACAGAGUGUAAAGGAAUACCAGGUGCAACAGAAUCGCGUGGGGAAGGUAUUACUACUAUUAGUGAACAAUUCGAAAGGACUCAUACUCUCUGAAGAAGCACUGGAAGAUUGUCAAUUUACCAUCCAAUACAACUUCAAGAAUGCAACCCAUGGACCAAAGUAUAAUUACCAAAUGCAAAAAGUUAUUCAAGCACAAACUACUCUGUCGGGUAUUGCAGCAUGAAAUAGGAGUUUAACAAUUUUAUCUGGAUUACGAUAUAAAAGACUGCAUCGAUAUGAUCGCAGAUGCCUGGGACACGAUAACAGCAUCAAACAUUCAACAUUUGUGGAGACAAAUUUUAUGUCGAUCGUCUUUGGAUAACACUUCUGAAAGACAGGUUCAAAUCACUGCUUAGAUUUUACGAAUGAAGGCCUUCUAAAAACAACUCUGAUUUUGAAAUUGUUCUUAAUAUUCAUCAUAUUCCGACUAAUGCAGUCAUCCUCUAAAAGUAAAGUACGUUUAUCUAAAUAUCUUGGACAAGAGUACUUUAUUGGAGCAGUUUCCUAAUCCAAUGCAAAAGUAAUAUCAAGUAUAGACUUUACGAAUAAAGACCCUCUAAACAGACUCUGAUUUUGCAAUUAUUCAAACUAGUGCAAUUAUCCCCUAAAAGUGAAGUAUAUCCAUCUAAAUAUCUUGGACAAAAGAUACUUUCUUGGAGCAGUUUCUUCCUCCGAUGCAAAAGUAACGUUAAACUUAGAUUUUACGAACGAAAACCCUCUAAAAAGACUCUGAUCUUGGUUCGCGGUCGGUCGAAAACCUUGAAUCUGUUCGCAGAUACGUAACUACGAUCGUUAUCGUAUAGAAGAUAACCAGAUUUUUUGUUUAACGAUAAAAGGGAAAAAAAUAUUUUACAAUCGUCGUGUACGCGGCAGUAGAAAGUCUUAAGAGCUUGCCGUUAAACCAUAAACGCAUCGUCUUUAU